AUGUCCAGAAACGCCCCGCUCAGGAUCCUCUGCUUCGGCGACUCCCUCACGCAGGGCUUCUACAGUGGUGGUUUUGGCGAGCACCCGUACGCUAUCGGAAUGACGGCGCGCCUCCGCGCUGCGAUUCCGGACCGGGACAUUUGCGUGGACACGAGCGGGGUUCCUGGCGAUGUCGUCUUGCACGAGCCCUUCCACGAGCGCCUUAAGAAGGCCUGCGAUUUCAUACAAUACGACUGGGUCAUCAUGCUAGGCGGGACAAACGACCUGGCGUACUACUCGGAGACACCACUUCGCAUCCUUGACGCCCUCAGGGCGGCCUGGGCAAUUCCCAUGUCCAGGGGCAUCAAAGUGCUUGCCCUCACGGUGCCCGAGAGCGCUACUCGGGUACGGCAAGUAAUCACUGCCAGACGUGAGCUCAACAAGGCCAUCCUCGCGCACACCGAGCCCAAUUUCUACACCAUGGACUUGCACGACAAGAUCCCAUAUCACUCACUCUCCCCGGAAGAAUGCGAGAGGUACUGGGACGAUGGACUGCAUCUCACCGACGUCGGAUACGACUGGAUGGGCGGCCACAUCGCCGACGCAUUCCUGAAACUCCACAAGGAUGAAGCGGCUGAGGUGGCCAAGCCACGGACUCCCGGGCAGCCACUGACUCCCAAGCAGCCCGCGAAAUCGGCUCGUGCCGACAAGAAGACGUUUGAGGAGGAGUUGGGCGACCCCAAGAACCUUAACGAGGGCUACGUCGUGGUGAGGAAGAAGGAUUUGGACUAG